CGGUAACAGUAACACAUUGACAUUCAUUGACACAUAUGAAGAUCAUUCACAAGAACAUUAAAUUAAUAAGGCCUGUAUAUAUUAAUAUUACUAGUUUAGUAUGUGUUGGUGUCACUACUACUAGUAAUCAGUAGUGCAGUACAGUUAAGUCUUAACUGCUUAAUAGUUGACAGUUGAACAAAUAUUUAAAUUUAAAUAAAUAUUUUAAAUAAUAAUAAUGUGGAAUAAGUCUGUUGCUACUGUGAGUGUGAGUAAUAUUUUGAACCAUUGACUGGAUGUGGCCAGAGCAAAUUAUAAAUAAAUUAAAUAUUAGCUCAUGCUCAUAGUCAUACUCAUAAUAUUUUAGUAGUCAUCAAGUAAAAAAUAAGGCAGUCUUCAACGGCUACUACAAGAGGAGGCACUUCAAACUGCAGACAUAAUUAGCUAGUAAGUAGUAAGUUAAAGUAGGCGAAAUUAAAGGCAGGUUUAAUUAUAAGCCUACACUACUAUUACUUUUUUAUAAUUAUUUUUUAUUCUAAUAAAUAAGUUUCCCAAUUGUUUCAUUUUAUUUUUAUAUUUAACUUUUUAAGCUAUUAUUAUUUGUUGUACAUGACAAUCACAAAACAGAACCAGGUUCAAAAUAUCAGCCUAUGUUAUACAUAGCAUAGCAUUAACAUUAUAAAUUAAUAAAAAGAAAAUUAGUAAAAAACAUAGGUUAGGUAGGAAACCAUCCAUAAAUUUAAGGAGUCUGUGACUGUGAAAAUUUGCCCACUAUAAUGACUUGUCUGUAAAAGUCCAUAAGUCCUCAUUGUUAUAUCAUAGAAUAGAAACAUACUCUUAGAAACAUCCUUUUGCAUAGUCAUACAGAUACCAGGUAUUUGAAUUUUCUUUAGUCUUCAUAUUAUGAUUUUGUUGUCUGUUUUUAUAUUUGUCUGAAAAUUUAUUUUAUUGAGUUGGUAACCCAGUCAUAGGCCUAUAGGAAAUGGAGUAAAACAAAGUAAGGUUAAACCUGAAAAAGGAACGCCACAAAAACAAUGAACGUGUCGGCAGGAAGCCUUCUUAAGCAAACAAACAACAGAAAAAACAGAAUAAAAUUAAAUUAGCUGAGAAGUAGUAUUUCUGUUGUUUGUUGGGUGAUGAAGGCUUCCUGCCGACACGUUCGCUGUUUUGUGGAUCUCCUUUUUCAGGUUUAACCUUACUUUGUUUUACUCAUUUCCUAUUUUGCUAACCUGAUUGCAGUCUCUCCCCUUAUUACCAUAGGCUAAUGCCAAUAAUAGAAUAUAGCAUUAUUCCAUGUUGUAUUAUUGCCUAUGACUUGACCCAAUUUCACUUCAACGUAGAGCUACAGCGUUGAACUCUCCAGUCUCCUUUAUGUGUUUUGAAAUUGACAUCACUGAGUAAAUUUGCUAUGUCACUCCUUACCGGCCCCCUCCUUGAUUGGGAAAAGGUUGUUUACGCUCGAAUGCGUUGUAUUUGUUCUAAUGAAUGCUAUUAGGUGAGACAUUUUCUAGAAUUUCUUGACUAGAUGAUGCUGAUUUAAUCCACAUAUAUAGGUUGUCAGCAGAGAGAGAGAGUUUUUACUAUAUUUUCUAACAUAUACAAGAGUUAUUUUGGCUCAUUGCAAUAUUAGGUCACGCCUACUCUGUCAUAGACAUCUCAUUUAGGGGGAAAGCUGGGGUCACAAAUUUGUGAUGAGUGUUUAACUUUGUGUGGUGGUUUUUGAUGAUGGUGGGAGUUGGGGGAGGUAAAAAUAUCUGCCAAAUUGUGUGAUAGAAGUUAUGGAUGGCCCUAAGGUUUGAACUGAAAGCAAGUUAUGGAUGGCCCUAAGGUUGUAAUUGAAGCAAGUUAUGGAUGACCCUAAGGUUGGAAUUGAAAGCAAGUUAUGGAUGACCCUAAGGUUGGAACUGAAAGCUAGUUAUGGAUGGCCCUAAGGUUGGAACUGAAAGAAAGUUAUGGAUGACCCUAAGGUUGGAACUGAAAGCUUUUUGCUGAUAGAAAUAUAACUUAUUGCUUAUUAAUGGUUAAAUCAGCAUGAUUAGAAUUUAUUGACUUAUUGCUUAUUAAGAAGGACUAGAUCAGCAUGAGUAGAAUGUAUUGACUUUUUGCUUAUUAAUGACUAGAUCAGCAUGAGUAGAAUGUUGAGUUGCAUUUGCAAUACCGGUAGAUGUAAUUAAUUCAUCGCAUGUCAAUUAAUUAUAUAUGACACAUCUAUUUUACUUUAGACUAUGAGAAGUAAAGAAAUCGAAAGCCUUCAGAUGGGAGGCAUUGACAUGACAGAUGUUGGUGUUGAAGGUUACCAGUCAAACAACCAAAUGAACAUUGGUAAAGUGGUUAUUGAGACAGAACAAGAAGUAAUGGUAUGUUUGCUCAAUUGGUUCGUUUUGUUGCUGCGUUAAGUCAUACAUUACAAAUGAGUCAAUAUUUAAGAUAUUUUUUUUUAUUAAAGAGAUAUACAAUCAUAAUACACUUCAUGGAAAGAAAGAAAAAAAAAAACUAAGCAUUUCUAAUUUCUUCUUAAAUUAAGAGAAAUAAUCAUUUAAUUUAGUUUUUAAUUUGUGUACUGUGUUUUAGGGAGUCAUUGUGAAGGGCUUUGAACUCUGUACCUGGCAUGUAGGACAUUUAAUUUAACAAAUCCAGCAUAUCUAUUAUUCUAACUUCAAUAACAAUCACAAUGAAUAAUUAAUUUAUUAUGAGCCUUGUCAAGUUGGCAUUGCAAAUGAAAUGAAAGCAAAACAUUUAAAUUUUUCUCACCAAGUAUGGGAAAGGAAAAGAAAAUUCUUUUAGAUGUUUCUCUAGUUUUUUAACCUCAUUUUGUAAUUUUCUGUCAUCUUAAGGCUGAAGCCCUUUAAUUUUUGUACUGUACAGGUUGUGAAUGAGAAAUUAGAUGAUGAGGAGAAGAAGCCAUCUGCUGAAACAGAUGCAGUGCCAGAUGGUGGAUACGGUUGGAUUGUUGUGCUGGGAUGCUUUAUUGCCCACAUUAUCAUCGGUAUGUCAUUUUGAAUUUAAUAAAAAUUGUUGUAAAUGAAAAAAAAAUCAGCGCAUGAAUAUGUAAUUAUUCUUUAUGUAAGAAACAUGAGUCAGUCAUAAUGUUAAAAUAUAUUAAUGUUGAAGUUAAGCUGAGCAGAUAUAAUUCACAAAGCAAUUUUUUAAUUCAUAUUUAUCCCCAAAAAAGUUUUAAUUUAAAACACUAAUGGAUAUUUGAACAGGGAGCUAUCUAAUAGAGAUUUCCUUUAGCUAUUCUUUAGUUUUUCACAAAUAUCCUGCCAUGCUGUAUUAAUAUUUACCCUUUAAGUUUACUGAUUAAAUUGAUUCCUAUUGUGCGUUGGGUUCACUAAUAAACAUACUCUCCUAAUGAGGCUUGGGUAAAUGUUCACAAAUGAACAUAAUCUCUUAUUGAGGGUUGGGUCAAAGUUCACAAAUAAACAUACUCUCCUAUUGAGGAUUGGGUAAAUGUUCACAAAUAAACAUAAUCUCCUAUUGAGGCUUGGGUAAAUGUUCACAAAUAAACAUACUCUCCUAUUGAGGAUUGGGUAAAUGUUCACAAAUAAACAUAAUCUCCUAUUGAGGCUUGGGUAAAUGUUCACAAAUAAACAUCUCCUAUUGAGGGUCGGGUAAAUGUUCACAAAUAAACAUAAUCUCCUAUUGAGCGUUGGGUCAAAUAAACAUAAUCUUCAACUCAUUCUUAAUUAUGCAAUAAUGCCAGUAACACUAUGCUCCGAAAUGGAUUUACAUCCAAUGAGUUAUUGAUAUGGUGCUGAACAUGAACAAUGUGAAAUAAAAGGUUCUCACUAUUUUUGGGGGGCAGGGCAUUCCCCAGAUGUACUGCUAUACCAGGGUAAUCCCUAUAAAGUCUGCCCUUGUGGCUUUCUCAGGGUAAUCCCAAGAAAGUCUGACCAUGUGGCUUUCUCUGGGUAAUCCGUGUAAAGUGUGCCCUUGCGGCUCUCUCAAUUAUUCUAACAAUAUUCCUGGCUUUGGCAAGACACAAAGAAAGAUAUCACAUUCCUCACAAAAGGUUUGGUUACCUGAGGGGAAAGAUCAGAUGUAGUGUUUAAUUUUCCUGUUGUAAGGAAACUAUUAAACCCUGACUUCUCAUCAGUGUAUCAAAAAUGGUACAUAUAAUUGUGACUAUAUAUUAAAAAAAUUAAAACAACCCCCCCCCCCCCCACGGAACCCUCCCACAGUCUCACCAAAAGACACCAAACAUAGCUCUACACCAGGUUUCUUGAAUUAAAUCUUAGAAACAAAUUAAAGAUCAAAAGUUAUUUGCAUAUCUUAAGGUUUUUUUUUUGUGUCAUGGGUAAGAACUUGGCAAAAAGAUUAUUGAAGAUUUUAAACAAAAUUCAUUGUUUAUGCACUGACAGGUGGAUUUGAGAGGAAUGAUGGAAUCUACUAUUUGCAGUUUAAAUCAAGGUUUGAGAAAAGUGCUCAGCUAACUUCAUGGCCUGGUGCCCUGGUCUCAACCAUCCGCCUUUUUCUAGGUAAGAUUAAAUUCUUUUGAUGGUUAAUCUUUAUAUCACCCUUGAUGAGACAAAAAGGCUUUGAUAAAUGGACAUAUUUAUAUCUGUUACAUCAUGAUGGUUACAUAUUACCGACAACAACAACGUCGAUUAAUACUCACAAGACACCAUGACAAAAAUGGAUUAGUACUUGCAAUAUACCGAAACAAAGUUAAGUAGUAUGUACGAUACGAUACACCAAAACAAAGUGGAUUAGUACUUACAAUUCACAAAACAAAAUGGAUUAGUACUUACAAUUCACAAAACAAAAUGGAUUAGUACUUACAAUACACCAAAACUAAAUGGAUUAGUACCGGUACUUUCAAUACACGAAAACAAAAUCUUUUUCGAUUUUUUUUUUUUUUUUUUUUUUUUUUUUUUUUUUUUUUGUAUUUAAGAUACAAUAUACAAUUACCAAAUAUAUUUGAGACCAAACUUGCAUCAUUUUAUUACCAAAUUUAUAUAUAGCCUUUAAUUUAACUCUGUCCUAAGGGUUUUUUAAUGUAACUUUCAAAAAGUAUUAGAAUUAGGAAAAAACUAUUGUAUUAUUUAAAGAUGGGAACCAGUGCACCAAAAGUAGGUACCAUCAGUUUUAAAAGAUACAUUGUUUUGAUUAAUGCUGAAACCACAUCUGUCCAUUGAACCCCGUGAUUUAGGUCCUGUGGCAAGUGCUGUCUGCAGCAGGUUUAGUGUCAGGUCAGCUGUUAUUAUUGGGUCGCUCCUUAUGACCGUGGCUCAGAUCCUCAACGCCUACGCUCCCGAUUUUUACUUCCUUUUUUUCUCCCAUUCAGCUUUACAAGGUAAUGUGUAUUAUUGGGCAAUUUAAAAUAUUUUAUUUGUCUAGUUAUUUAUAAUGUUGGUUUGUUAUUGUUUUAUCGGCAAAAGUUAUAUUUAUCAUUUCGCUUUUAGUGUUAAGCCAUAAUUAUGGUGUUUUUUUUUCAUUUAACAUAGGCCUUGGCCGAGGACUAGUGUACGCUCCAUCUGUAAUCAUUGCGGGAAUGUACUUUGACAAGCAUCGUGGUUUAGCCGCCGGCUUGGGGUCAUCAGGUGUCGGAGUGGGGACAUUUUGUAUAGUACCCCUGACGCAGUGGCUGUUUGAUAAUUAUGGCUUUGAAGUGAGUGCAGACUAAUUCCCCAUUAUUAUUUAUCUUCAUCUUUUGUUGAGAAACUUGUUUGAUCCAGAAAAGGAAUAAAUUAUAGAUUGCUGCCAGUCAUCCAUUCGGUGAAGUUACACACUUUAAAGGGGAAGAUAGAGGAAGGUAGAUUGAAAUAUGGACCAAAGAACAAAGUAAACAAUAGUAAUUCAUACGUUGGCAUUUUCACUUAACCCCAGAACUGCUGAGUGGACAAAAUAUUAUUCCAAGCUUGUCAUGUUUGCAGAUGUGAUAAUAAUUGCAAGAUAAUCUAUUGAAUGAAGCAUGUUGCAUGGCCAAUGUUUAAAUGUUUCAAAUAUUUGAUAGAGAGUCUGUGAAACUAGUUUUAUUCCCUACUGCAUGGCUGUAAUUCCACAGUCUCUCAUCCACGGGUCCAUUGAAAUGAAAAUAUUGAGAAGCACUGCGUAAAUGCACCGGUCAGAAUGUAUCCACAUGGCAGUGGUGACUGAUGACCAUUUACUUGAGGUUUUUUGUUUUUUUAAGUCUUUAAAAAAAAUUCAUUUUUUGUGGACAGCUGACUGAGGACUUACAACCACUACUUUGAGAAGAACUGCAUUGCAAUGUCAUUCAUCAUUUACAUUUUUGAAAAAGCAUAUUUAUUUCAUCCCAGGUAAAGUCUUACUGUAGAUUGGGGCAUGUGACUCCACCCAGACCCAAAAUAAUUCAAGUGCUUGAUAAAUGUUACGUGCGGCUGUAUUUUAUGGGCUCUGGAUGGCAGAUCAGACAAUGUUCUAAUGUUGACACUUGACAGGUAUGUUCUUGACCAUAUGCACAUCUUUCAGGGAACAUUUCUUAUAUUGGGCGGUGUUGCCUUGAACGGACUGGUAGUUGCAAUGCUUUACAGGCCUCUCAGUCUGCACUACAAAUUUACACGCAAAAAUAGGUAAAUACAUUUACUAGAACUCAUGUUAUUUAUUAGGAUGAAAACCCAGUGUAAGAUGAUGGUUGGCAUUUAAACUGAAAACACGGUGUAAGAUGAUGGUUGGAAUUUAAACUGAAAACCCAGUGUAAGAUGUAGGAAUUUAAACAAAUCCCACUCUUAACUUAUACAAUUGAGUUUGAAGCACAGAAGAAGAAUGUUAACACUGUCAAUGUAAAAGGUGGGCCACACAAAAAGUAAAAAGUAGCCUGUCACUUACCCACAAGUUACGGCAGAUGUCUGGGAUCAUGGUAGAUGUCUGGGAUCACGGCAGAUGUCUGGGAUCACUGCGGUCCCAGCAUUAUGUUGUGGGAAGUCAAACAGAAUGUCCAGCCCCAAGAAUGAGCAGAUCUGCCGCUGUGACCUGACCUGUCACUGUGACCUGACCUGUCACUGUUAGCUAAUAUGUCACUAUGGCCUGACCUGUCACUAUGACCUGACCUGUCACUGUGAGCUGAUCUCACUGUGACCUGACCUGUCACUGUGAGCUAACCUGUCACUAUGAGCUGAUCUGUCACUAGGACCUGAUCUGUCACUAUGAACUGACCUGUCACUGUGAGCUAACCUGUCAUUAUGACCUGACCUGUCACUGUGAGCUAAUAUGUCACUAUGGCCUGACCUGUCACUAUGACCUAACCUGUCACUAUGGCCUGACCUGUCACUAUGAGCUGAUCUGUCACUAGGACCUGAUCUGUCACUAUGACCUGAUCUGCCUUUAUGUGCACUAUUGAAGCUGCCGAUGAGAUGACUCCACUAAGCCUGUUCGGUUGGUCAAAUUAUUCAACUUUUAUCCAACGCCAUUUCCCUACAUUUGUUUUUUGUGAAGAGUCUACAUAAAACUGCACAUCAUUUGAUUCAAGUUAGAUUGACCAGGGAUUCCUUUUCAGUUUUAUCACAGCAUUUACACAUUUCUUUCUUUUUUUUUUUUUAUGCUUCAUGCAGCAGAAGUCUUUUUUUUUUUCCCAGAUGCAAGGGUGUUGAAAAAAUAACAGAAGAAAAUGUUAAUGCAUUGUCUCCCUUGGCGGAGAUAGUGAAUCCUGUUUUUAGCCAACUUUCGAGAGAUGUAAACAUGUCGCCGGUAGAGACAUUUCAGUUUUAUCACAUCUUUUACACAUUUCUUUCUUUUUUUUUUUUUAUGCUUCAUGCAGCAGAAGUCUUUUUUUUUUUCCCAGAUGCAAGGGUGUUGAAAAAAUAACAGAAGAAAAUGGUAAUGCAUUGUCUCCCUUGGCGGAGAUAGUGAAUCCUGUUAUUAGCCAACCUUCGAGAGAUGUAAACAUGUCGCCGGUAGAGACUGAAAUGGACUCAGCCACUGACCCAACAAAUGUACCACUGAUACAAACUUCACCCGCAAGCCACCCGCAGCAAUGUGUGAAAAAAGACGGCUGGUUCAUCUCCUCGCUGAAAAUCUGUUUUCCCAUUGAAAAUAAAAGCCAGAAGAAAAGCGGCAAAAAAAAUUUGUUUCAUUUUUCCUUACUGAAGGACUCCUCGUUUUUCAUGUUCUGCGUGAGUAUCAUGCUUUUCACGGCAGCGUUCAAAGCGGCUUUCACUUUCAUCCCAGCUUUAGUCAAGUCCAAGGGACUUACAGAAUCAGAAGCUGCCCUGGUUCUUUCUAUAACAGGAGUUUUUGAUACAAUCGGACGAAUAGUCGCAGGAGUCUUAUUUGAUUUACGAGGGAUUCGCCAACUGAGGCCGGUGUUUUACAACUCAUUGAUCUUUGCCAUAGCGGGGAUUUCUUUUAUCCUGCCCUCGAUGACAAGCUUUGCCGCCUUGUCUGUGCUGUGCUCAGUAUAUGGGUCUUUAACGGGGGCUUACAUCUCACAAAAGUCAGUUGUUAUUGUGGAUAUUCUUGGUGUACAGAACAUGUCCGCUUCCUUUGGAUUGCUUGUCUUUUUCCAAGCUAUAGGAAUGUGUGUGGGACCACCCUUAUCAGGU